AUGUUUCGCCGAGAAAAGUGGUUGGCAGUCCGCGAAGCCCGGAGAAGCCACGCACGGCCUGCACGGAGCCGCAAAGCCUCAAACCAUGGGGCGGCGCAGCUUGCGAUCCCCUUGGGGAUGGCGUUCACACGCAAGUGGCCCACGCCACGCCGGGCUCCGCAUCUGAGCCCCCUGUGGCAGAGGCCGUGGGAAAAGACCUUCAGCGAUCACUGUCGAAAGGAGGUGGGUCAGCCACCCCAGCUUCCUCCACCACUAUUCCGGCAGCCGGAGGAGACGGAACAAAGCGGGCAGAAGGGGAGGUCGAAGGUGCAAAGCCCAAAGGUCGGCUUUGAGGAUCUCGAGGCGGAAAGCGCGGCCUUAGGGCGUAGGUUUUUGCGGAAGGAGAUCCGGCGGGCGCUGCGGCAGUGCGACAGCAUCCAGGCCCUGGAUGCCUCGCUGGCAGCUGCCAAAGGCAAAUGCCGCCGCCCGAAAGAGAGCUCGGAUUUGAUGCGAGUCCUGAAGGCUGCCUUCCGUGUGCAGGGGCCCAACCCACCCAAGAAGAUUUUGAAGCUGAUCUCCCAGGUUCUGCAUCAGGAGGCCGAGCACCGCCGCUUUGCACUGGUGACGGAAGGAGAAGGCCAGGGGCGCAGGUCCUCCUUCUUCCCGCAGCGCAAGGCCACCAUCGUUCGCAGAAGUGAGGAGACAUUGGAAUCUUUGCUCAAGCAUGUGGACACCGAGAAUGACUUGGACAAGCUCAUCCGCAGUGCUUUUCGGCAGGUGGCCCGUGCCGGGCGAUUGAACAAGAAGGACCUUCACAAGGCUUUGCGGCAGUGUGGCUUCAAGGAGGUAAAGAAGGCUUGGCUGGAGGAGAUCUACGAGGGCCUCACCAUGGUGUCCUUCAUUGGCGAAGAGGACUUCGAGAAGUUCAUUGUGGAGUACAGCAGCCGGCAGCGGCAGGCGUACAAGGAGGCCUUCCGCAAGUUCGACGUGGACGAAAGCGAUCAGAUCAGCACUGAGGAGCUGCAUGAGGUCCUACGGAGCUUGGGCCUGGUGGUGCAGACCAGCCUCGUAGUCGAGGUCAUGCAGAAGGUGGACAUUGAUGGCUCUGGUGAGCUGUCCUUCGAAGAGUUCGAAUCGCUCAUGAAGCUUCUGGAAGAUUCAGAUGGUUUCCCUCAAGCAGAGAAGGAAGAGUUCCGGAUUGUCUUCAAGCGCUGCGCGACAGAAGGAGCCAUAGAGAUUGAGGCCUUUGCCAGAGUUCUCAGCUGGCUGGGCUACCAGCUCAGCUUCCAGGACUUGGAGCAGGUCUUCCACCGUGCCGACAUUGAUGGCCGCGGCUUGGACUUCAACGAGUUCCUCCAAGCCAUGAGGGCGGUCCGGGAUCUCCAUCUCGCGCACUUCUUCCGGAUCUUCGAGGAGUCGGACCAAGAUCGAACCGGAACCUUGAGUGCUCCGGAGUUGGAACUCGCCCUCAAGGCUUUGAAUUACGAGAGUGACCCGCAAGUGGUCCAAGAGGUCUUUGCAGAGCUGCACGAGCUCAGGCAGAGGGACAAGAUCGAUCUGACCAAGGAGGAUGCCCCGGACUUCUUUCACAGGUAUCGCCUGCGGGAAGGCUUGUCACAAAUGGAGAUCCGGGAUCUGGAGCUGGCCUUCAGGAUGUACCAGAAUGAGAGCAGCGAAUUGGUGCGCUGCCGCGACGCACACAAGGUGCUGAAUUGGUUCGGCUUCGAGGUGGAUCACGAGGACUUGGAGAGCUUGACGCAGAAAGUGGAUGUGGAUGGCUCCGGUAUGCUGAACUUCCAAGACAUGAAGAAGUUGUUGCGCAUGGAGCACGAGGACGCACUGCUGAGAUAUCACGAGGCCUUCAGGAAGCAGGAUCUGGGCUCCGGGGAGAUCACGAGUCAGCAGGCCUUGUCGCUCUUCAGUGAGCUUCACCUUCAACCACGGGGUGCCUCCAACAGCUUUGAGUUUGGCUUGGCCUCCGCAUUUCGUCAAGGCGGCGGUGGCUUCACCCUGGAUAGCUUCGUCCGCACCUGCGUGAAGCGAAAGAAGAUGCAGCUGCAGGAAAUGAGGUCGACGGCGUGCUUUGCAGGUGCCGAGCUGGCCAAAGUUCAGAACCUCUUCAGCAGGUGCGCCCCUCGAGGCCAAGUUGCUCUGCCGUCGGAGGUGGCAGCCAUCGGCCGCGGGCUCUUCGUGAUUGGCGUUGUGGAGCCGAUGCGGCAGAGCUUCUCCGAGUUGCUGCGCGACUUGGAGCGGCAGCCCAUCACCCUGAAGGUCUUCCUGCGAUACGUGCGCUUCUUCCUCCAGCUCUUUGCGAAGGAUUACGCCUUGCGGGAGAGGUGGGCCGUUCGGGACACCGGCUGCAAUGAACGGGAGGUCACAGCUCUGCGCACGCUGUAUCUGUCCCAGGUGGGCGAAGACCAAGACGAGGUGCGAAGCCUUCUGCCGGUUCCGCUGAUGAACAUCACGGAGCUUCGGCGCGCCCUGUCGGCGGACAAGAAUCCAGCGGCCCUGAUGUCGGCCAUGCAGGCUGUGAAGACCGAAGUGGCGGUGUUCAGCACCAAAGCAAAAGCAGAUGGGAGGGAAUCCUCAAAGGAUCGGCCCACUUUGCUGGUCAACUUCCCACAGUUCAUGCGCAUCGCCCACAAGAUGGUGAGUGCCAGCGCAAGCGCAGGUUGA